ACUCCUUUCUGCUUCCCAUCUCAGAGCAGCUGUGUGAUUUCCUGAGGAUUCCAUUUCUGGAGCUAGGGAUAAAAGCUCAUUUAUACACACAACAACCUGCAAGUCUCCAGUUUCAAUUCUUCCUCCCUCCCUCUGCCUUCCCUCCCCCACUUUGAACCAGAGAAGCCAAAUGAGGCGUGCUUUAAACAGUUUCAGGACUAAUCUGAAAGAGGAAGAAGAAUCUGUAUACACUGGCUAGCCUUUGUGCCCUGCCCUCUUUCCUCUUGAAAAUAGCAACAACUCAUCUUUUCAAAAAAGCUUUCAGGCACCCUGUGAAUGGCGUGUACUUUCAAGACCUUCCGGGGUAUUAAGAUUCAUUGUACAGCUCACUAGGGAUGAUUAGCUUUCCAAGGGACCAGUAGAUUGGAUUUACUGAAGACUUGGAACUUGCUUCUGAGAGUGAAUGCAAAAGGAUCAUAAACUGUCAACCUUGAAGUUAGCAGCCAGGAAGAAAUGGGACCUCAAUCAUACACUAACAAGGAAUGAAUUUUGCUAACAACUAGUGAUCCCUAGCCUCAGAUGAGGUCUCAAUUCUGGCUUACAACUUGAUUGCAGUCUGUGAGACCCUAAGCAGAAGACCCAGCUAACUUGUACCUGAACUCCUGAUCCACAGAAACUAUGAGAAACCUAGGCUUCAUCUGAUACUACAUCAUAAGAACCACUGACCACUAACCAGAAACAUUCGUGAAGGGUACUGCAGUGCCAGAAAGAGGCACCAAGCAGACAUUCCUAGAGAAACAUGGAUGGAGUCCGAAAUCUGACAGUAUCUUCUGCCAGUAGUAAUACAUGCAAUGACACUAUUGAUGACUUCCGCAAUCAAGUAUAUUCCACCUUGUACUCUAUGAUCACCGUUGUGGGUUUCUUCGGCAAUGGCUUUGUGCUCUAUGUUCUCAUAAAAACAUAUCAUGAGAAGUCAGCAUACCAAGUAUACAUGAUUAAUUUAGCAGUAGCAGAUCUACUAUGCGUGUGCACACUGCCUCUUCGUGUGGUCUAUUAUGUCCACAAAGGAAUUUGGCUAUUUGGUGACUUUUUGUGUCGCCUCAGCACCUAUGCCUUGUAUGUCAACCUCUACUGUAGCAUUUUCUUUAUGACGGCCAUGAGCUUUUUCCGGUGCAUCGCAAUUGUUUUCCCAGUCCAGAACAUUAAUUUGAUUACACAUAAAAAAGCCAAGAUUGUAUGCAUUGCUAUUUGGAUUUUUGUGAUUUUGACUAGUUCUCCAUUUUUAAUGUCCACAUCUUACAAAGAUGAGAAAAACAAUACCAAGUGCUUUGAGCCUCCACAGGACAAUCAAGCUAAAUAUCAUGUUUUGGUCUUGCAUUAUGUGUCAUUAUUUGUAGGAUUUAUCAUUCCUUUUGUUAUUAUAAUUGUCUGUUAUACAAUGAUCAUUUUGACCUUACUAAAAAAUUCAAUGAAGAAAAAUAUAUCAAGCCGUAAAAAGGCUAUAGGAAUGAUUAUAGUUGUGACAGCUGCCUUUUUAAUCAGUUUCAUGCCAUAUCACAUUCAACGCACCAUUCAUCUUCACUUUUUACACAACGACACUAAACACUGUGAUUCUGUACUUAGAAUGCAAAAGUCAGUGGUCAUAACCUUGUCUCUGGCCGCAUCAAAUUGUUGCUUUGACCCUCUCCUAUAUUUCUUCUCUGGAGGGAACUUUAGGAGAAGGCUAUCUACAUUUAGAAAGCAUUCUUUGUCCAGUAUGACUUAUGUACCCAAGAAGAAGACCUCCUUGCCAGAAAAAGGAGAAGAAAUAUAUAAAGAAUAGCUUAAACCCAUCUCUGAUGAUUUUCCCAAACAAGUAUUUUCUCCAGGCAUUCACAAUAAAAAUAAGAAUUUCCAUUAAUAAUUUACAAAAUACUUAACUGAGUAUGUACCUAUAAAUCUAUCUCAUUUAUGUAUCCACGUUAUUAGAGGUCCUAAAGAUAUUUUGUGUUAAAAUUUAGCCUACAUCUAUUAACUCAACUAUAAAUUUUUUUAUCAUUCACCUAAUAGUGCAGAAUAUUUAUAUCUUGGCACUGUUUUAAAAAAAUGGGUUUGAGAUCAAGGUUUUCUCCUUCAAAUAAAAGCUUUACAAAGGAUAAGAACUAGCUUUUUAAGAUAUAAAUUUAGCUAAUAGUUCUCAGUGAUCCUAACAUAUCCCUUUGCAUGCAUGCCAUCAGAUGAGAACUGGAAUGAACCAGGAACUACAUAAAACGUACUAUCACCGUCUUCCUUGGUCAUACUGACUGGCUAGGCAAAAAGGGCCAUUUCUUCCAAAAGAAAAUUUGCAAGUGUUAGCGCAGCCUAGCCUUCAGCCAAAUGGCACUAACAGCCAUUGUACAGUCUGGAAACUGAGGAAGAUAAACCUGAUCAAAAGCCAGUUUGUUUCCAGUUUUCUUCUGCUUCUACCAUAAGCUUCCAAAAAAGAAUGAUGGAGUUGUUUUUUCCCAUUGAUAUAGAUUGAGGUUCUUAUAGGGACUUCUCUCCCUACAUGACAUACAACUCUUCCUUAAGAAACCAGACAACCAGCACCACCAUAUAUGAACAGAAGUUAUUAAAAAUGUAUCUAAAGAAGAGGAAAAGGGGUCUACUUUUCUACACACUUAUUACUGGGAUCAAAAUUAAUUUUGAUGUGUUUCUGAAUAAAAAUUUGAAAGUCAAUAUUAAAAAUUUUAAGAAGCACUUAUAUGUACACAUAUUUGUAAAAUUAUAUUGAGAUUUUGUUAUAUGCAUUUAUGAUUAAAAGUUAAUUAUAAGCUUUGUUAUUGUUUUAUGUUUUUUAUUGGCAUGUUGACAGGAUAUGUUUACAGCAUUUUUUUAAUAUUAAAAUGGAAAUUUUGUUCUUAAAACAGCAGUAGCUUGUUUAUGGCUGAAAUAUAAUAUUCAUGGGCAAGCUUUUGCUGAAGUGUAGUCUGUUCCUUAAUUCUAUGUUUCAAAAGGUGCCUCAUCUCAGAGGAAAUAAAUGAUAAUGGUGGAAAAAAGAAAAUCUAGGAAAGGAGAAGAUUCUAUCUGAAUCUGCCAUGUGUAGGUUAUUUCUAUUUCACUUCUAAUGUUGCAAUCACUUAUAUAGAAAAUUUGAAAGAGGAUCUCUAAGGCACAGUGAUAAAUGGUGCCCAUUUAUUUUUAACAUACCCGAGAUUCAGCAGUACCUUACUUUGCCCUAUUUUUUCCUUAUUUGACAAAGAUAAAAUGUAAUAGUUAUAAAAUCAGCCUUCAUUUCUCAUUUACUAAGCUUUCUGCUAUUCAAUAGGUAUAGUGUAGUAACAGAACACUACGUUGAAAGCCAGAAGACCUGGAUGCUGUUACUUACUGGUAUUGAAACUUAAAGAAAGUAAAAUAAAUUCUGAUUAUUAGCUUCCUCACUUGAUAAAUGGGACUAAUAAUACUUGUCCUGCAUUUCUUACAGGGCAUCUUUGAAACUCAAUUGUGAUCGUAGUAUAUAUACAUAUUUAACCCACAUAUAUUAAAGUUUUACUUGAAAAAUACAUGGUGUGAUAUAAUUUAUCACACUAAAUAUAAAGUAUUUAGAGAUGGUUUGUUAUACAUACUAAAUCAUAUUUACUACAUAGAUUCUCAUUUCUGAAAGAAUUAGAACAAAAUAUGGCCAUAGUUAAAAAUUUAUUGCACAUAAAAGAAUCUUGUUGCUUAUUUAUUCCUACUCUCAGGUUUUUGCCUAUGUUCUGACUUCCAGCCACAGCCCCACUUCCUCCUACACAGAAACAUAGCAUACUUCAAUUACCUACAAGCUCACCAUGAAUUUGUUCUUGUUUAAUGUCAUGUAUUUAUAGCCUAUACCACACUAUUUUGUACUUCCUUUUCCCCCAAUUUUUUGGUGAAUAUUAGCAUUUUCUCCCAAAAUGGAAUAAUCACUUUUUGGAAUUAACAAUUCCUUGAGGUUGAAAAUUAUGCCUUUAAAUUAUAGUGCCUAAAAUUUAAUGAGCUUUUGCUCUGUUUUAAGUGCUUUAUCUAUAGCAAUUCAUUUAAUGCUUACAAUUGUCCUGUGAGGUAGGUACCAUUAUUAUCUCUUUUUUGCUGAUUUACAAACAGAGGCGCAAAGGGGUUAGUAACUUACACAAUGUCAAACAAAUGGUAAGCAUCAGAAACUGGGUUCAAAUCUAGACAAUCUGAUUCCAGAUCUCCUAAAUUAUUAAUUUGCUAUGCUAUUCUCCUGGGCCUUCAGAUAUCUUCGAAAUAUAAGGAGUAGGAACAAAAGUUUUUUAAUGAUUUAUUUGUUCUUUUUUUAAAACCAGGCUUAAUUAAACUACAUGCUUAAAUUUUUAAAUAACAUGAAGACAUGGACUAUGACCUAAUGCCUAUGAUUUUAUUUGUAAGAACAUCUUAAGAAUAUUAUAAACUGUCUUGGAACAUUGACAUUAUAAAUACUUUAUGUAUAUAAUUCCUAAUGGCUAUAUAAUACCCUGUGGCAUUCACAUGCCGUAUCUUCGAGCAUAUUUCUCUGGUCUCUAAUUCUUUCAAAUCUCAUUAGCUGUCCAAGAUCUCUUUUAUUAUACACUUAGCUUUUUAUUUUGUUCAGCCAAUAUGGUUUAUGUAUCUGAAAAAAAUAAUUUCAUAUCUUAAAGCACUGCUUUGUAUUUUAUUCUCCAGAAUAAACAUACAUGGUUUUGUGUA